GUUCCUCUCUGCACGUCCAACCCAAGAAAUCGAUACAUCCGAAUAACAGCGGCAGAAAGCAUAAGAAAUAGAAAGUAUAGUAUUUGGGAAUCACGGAAAAGCAAAUUCUGUUCCUCUCUCCACGUCCAACCCAAGAAAUCGAUACAUCCAGAAGCCGUAAAUUAGGGGUUUUGUAGCAAUGGAUCGAAUGGUUACUGAAAUUCUGAGGCAGAAGGAUGAGCUGGAGACGGCUUAUGGUGUUGAAAUUCAUUCGGAGGCUCUCUAUCUUGCUUGUCGCAUUACCAUUAGACAUUCCAAUGUUUUAUUUGCUAAUGAAGAAGUGGGUUCUGACAAUUUUGAGGAUCUGCUCCAAAAAAAGGCGUUUGGGCUGGUGAAGAAUGCCUGUUUGAGAUUGAGGCUUGACCUCGACACUGAUGUAGAGGAGAAUACUUUGGAUACUGAUGAAUACUUGUUGUGUCGGGCGCUUGUUGAAUUGGAGGAAAUUAAGAAAGAGAAGGAUCAUGGAAAACGAUUGUGGAUUCCUCGUGUAGAAAGGGAAUAUAAAGAUUUGAUGGACAAGUGGGAUAAGUUUAUGAAGAAGUCAAAACCAAUAGUAAUGGGGAGGAAUAUGUGCAACAGGAGAGGUGAAGAGCUACAAAUGUUAGAACAACUGCGCCAAGGGCUUGUUUCUUUUAUGCAGGAGGCUGAAGUGGAUAAGAAGACAGAACUGAAACCCAUUUUUGGGAUGGCUCAGUGUUUUAGUUCUCAUCUAGUACAUGAGAAUCACAAACAAAACCUUGCUGUUACGCCACGUUUAGUUGCAGAGGUAGCAAGCCCUUUGACUGGGUUUCCAGCUUCCUGGCUCCUUUGCGGCUCAAAUCCUCCGUUGCAAGACCUGGAAUCAAGAUUGGCUGAGAGGGUAAUUGGACAAGACCAUGUUAGUUUUCUGAUUAGCCGGGCCUUGAGGAGGCGGAAGUCUGGCGCUGGACCUUUAGGCUCAUUUCUCUUCCUAUAUGGCUCUGGUAGAGGAAGGACGGAGCAGGCAAAAGCUCUUGCUAAACAACUUUUCGAUGAUGACAAAUUGCUAACUGAAGUUGACAUGUUAGAUUAUGGGGAGUCAGAUUCUGCCUCACGCCUGUUUGGUGCCCCCUCCAGUAGUGAAGAAUGUGGUGCUGGAGGAUUACUUACAGAGGCUGUGAAGAAGAGGCCUUUUGGGGUUAUCUUGUUGGACAACGUUGAUAGGGCCCAUCCUGCUGUUAUAGAUCUUCUGAUCACAAUUUUAAUUCAUGGAAGAGUAUUAGAUGGCGUAGGAAAUACUGUGUAUUUCACAAAUACAUUGAUUGUCAUGACAUCAAAUGUUGUAGAUUACAUGUUCGAACCGUGGGGCUGCAGAUGUUGGUCUCAAGAAGGCCUCAUGAAAGACAAGUUUUAUAAUGAUCCACCACCACAUCCCAAGUUGUGUAAUGAUCCACCACCAUAUCCUAAACAUCGAUGUGCCUAUAUCUCUCUUUUGAUGGAGGCAAGAAAAUAUUUCAAACCUGAGUUGUUUGAGAAACUGGAUGAAGUGAUUGUUUUCAAUGUCCUCUCCUACGAAGAAUCUAUGGCUGUUGGUAGGCUCCAGCUGAGGGACAUUGCCAGCUCCAUCAAAGCAAGAAGACUUAUCUUAUACCCAUCUGAGGCUGCAUUGCGUGGGCUUGUUGUGAGGCAUACAUUCAGGCCAUAUGGUGGACAGGCUAUGAAGGUUUGGCUCGAGGAGAAUGUGGUCCCUAUGCUGUUUGGCAUUCUUGCAAACAAUGAAACAGAUGAGAUGUUAGUGGUCUACAUAGAUGCCCUGAUGGGAACAAAGGUGUUGUCCUAUAGAUCCGAGAAGCGUGGCACUUACCUGGAAGACUUGUUCUUGAAGCAUUUCAAGGAAUCUUUAAAGGAAUUCAGAAUAAUGUACUGCAAAGAGAAGGAACGAGUCAAUAAAAUCUACGUAUUGCGUCAAGACUUCUUUACUUUGAUGAAUCUGCUGAAUGCAAAGGCUGUGGUAGAUUUCAGCUGUGUUGCUGACACUGUGCAGAAGUUGCUUAAUGCAGUGGAUGAUCUCAUAAGCAAUGCAGUCCAUGCCCUUUUUGUACUCAAUCUGUCUAUACUGGAAACAUCAAACCGUUCCAAUGAGGAGACAGAGCCUCUUGAGAAAGAGAGGCCAAGCAAGAGGCCCAUGAAUCAAGUUCAGGGCCUUAGCAUGUUGUUGACCAGAAGAGUGGUCAGACAAAAUCAGGCAAUCGAACUUGUAGCCGAGGCAUUGCUGAAAUCUAUUCGUCCUCCUCAUGAUCUGCCACAUCAACCUACUAGGUCACUCCUAUUUUUGGGUCUCACUAGUGUUGGUCUGGCUGAUCUUGUAAGAAGUCUUGCUGAGAAUUUUGUCUCUGACGAUGGGACGGAGCUACUUAUUUAUGUUGACUUGUCUAAGUACAGUGACUCAGACUCACUUUUCCGACUUCUAUAUGAGCCUUUGGAGAUAUCAACUGGCCAUGGCCAACAUGGUUUUCUGCUGUUAGAGCUUGUCCAGAUGAGGCCACACAGCAUUCUUGUAUUUUCACAAGUUGAGCAGGCACACAUUUCUGUUUUUAGUGCGUUACUUUCGGUUCUUGAUCAAGGUACGUUGUGUGACUUGGAAGGACAUACUGUAGAUUUCAGACACACUGUUGUUAUCUUUGCCUCGGAUAUGGGGAAUAGCAAGGUUCUUGCACAACUUGUCGGACAUGCUGAUCCAUACGAUUCCUCUAUUGAAGUUAUGCAACAGAAGAAAAGUGGCUUUAGGUCUGAGUUGCUGAACCGGAUAGAUGAGAUUGUAUGUUUCCAUCCUUUUGCUGGUAAGCAACUGAGGAAAGUUGCUCGGUUAUCAAUGAGGGAUGGUCCUCACCUGGUAGAUGGCCGGCCUCUUACAUUAUCCACAUCACUUAUGGAUUUGUUCUGUGCAGCUGGUGAUCCAGUUUUCAAAAGAUUUCCCUCUGCCAUUGAAGAUACAGUAUCAUUUCUUGCCAAGGGCCUCAUCAACUGUGGAAGUGACACAGGCAUUAGAGUCGUUGUCAAUCAAACGGUGACCAACUGAAAAUGAAAGGCGAAAAAGGAUCUCGAAGAAAAGCAGCAGCAGCAUAAAAGCUUAAAGUUACUCCUAUUGUAGUCCGUCGUAUAUGCAUGCAAUUGGUGGCACCAGUUUUCACUCUUCCUUUUUUAACUCCACCAGGCCUCUACUAUCUUUUUGAUGUCUUAUGGCCCGAAGUUGAAUUUUCUCAAGAAGGGUGUCCUAAUCAAGCUGUAGCCUGUGUUUAUAUUCUAUAUGUUUGGGACGGAUGGAUGUUCUGUUCUGUUCUGUUCAUAUUCUUAAAAAUGGUUGGAAAAGCUCUGAAACACCAGAAACUUAAGUUAAAUCUUUUGUCCUAAUCAAGCAGUAGCCUGUGUUUAUAUUC